AACAACCAGCUUUUCCACUCUCGCGUCGCAAUCAACAAUCGACUCGCCUCUAGCUCACUAAUAUCUAGAUUCACAAUGAAUACCGCAUUCGAUCCCUCACAUUCGACGAGUGGCAUGCGCCCGCCUCUCGCGUCGGCUGAUGCGCCGUCGAUGGCCGACUCCUUGCCCAGCAUCAAUUUUGGCUUUGAGGACCUACGCAAUCGCAUGGCUCAGUUUACAGCUCGUUUUGAUGCCUUUAUUGAGAGAGGCCGGAAACAAGUUCUAGAAGAGAGGAAUCAAUUCAAAAGCGGGUUGGCAGAGCUUCAGGAGGAUCAGCGCAUGAGACACAGGGAUAUCGAGAUUCUCGAUUUAAAAGCACAAACCCAUCAACAGACUUUGCAAAAGGAAGCCGCGGAGGCCGCUGAGAUGCAUGCGGCCAUCUCAUCCGUCACCUUGGAGCGCGACUCUCGGCUCGCUAAGCGUGAUCGCUUGAAGCAGCAAAUCGACGAGACCCAGAAAACGAUCAAUCAGAGAUUAGAAGCGCAGAAGUUGCACGCCAAAUACCUUGAUGAGCAAGCUCGACUUAAUGUUCCGGAGCUAGACUUUUGGCAAGAUUAUCUGUGUUUACGAAUCGAGGGGGCCGGCCGGGAAGAUAGGCUGAAGUUCGUUUACACACAUUUACUUGAGAAAGACUGGGAGGCCGAGGCUUGGUUCGAGCUUGGAACAGCCAGUCGCGAUUAUGAUGUCUUCCACACGCGACCCAAGGUUGAUCGGGAGGCGCUGGAGCGCGAACUCGAUAUUGUAAAUGAAGAUCGCGAUUUUGGUGGGUUUUUAAAGAGGAUGCGGAGGUUGUUUGUCGAAACAAUGAAAUAGCGAGUUACGUUGGACGGACAGAAAUGCUUGAUGAUACAUGCUUAUGAAUAUCACCUCAAUAACUUUGC